UGUGAGGAGUGCUCUGAACAUUUAGCCUCCUUUUAACAUCCAUUUCACAUGUUUGUUUCGCCACUGGAACUGUAGAUGGAUUCGUCCAUAGAGAGCUCCGGUUCAUCGACCGGUAACCCGGUGCGCUGCCGUCGUACCUGUAAGAUAAUUGUGAUUGGAGAUGCCGGUGUCGGUAAGACCUGUCUGACUCACCGCUUCUGCAACGGACAGUUUCCCAGCAGAACGGAGGCUACAAUCGGGGUGGAUUUUCGUGAGAAACUUCUUGAGAUCGAAGGCGAGAAAAUCAAAAUGCAGCUCUGGGACACGGCAGGUCAGGAGCGUUUUCGUAAAAGCAUGGUGCAGCACUACUAUCGCAAUGUGCACGGAAUUGUCUUUGUCUUUGAUGUCACUAACCCCACUAGUUUCUGCAAUCUUCCCUUGUGGAUGGACGAGUGCCGUCAGCACUCUCUUGGUCUGGAUAUACCCCGUGCCCUCGUUUGCAACAAGGCCGAUCUGGUCACUUCGACGACUGCUUCUGUGUUAAUCGUCCAGGCUCGUCACUUGGCUGAAGUCCACGGAAUGUCUUUUUAUCUUACUUCAGCCAAAGGUCCCAAAGGGGACCAGGUGGACAGCAUCUUUGUGACAUUGGCACAGAGGUUGAAGAGCCAGAGAAGGGAGAGUGUGAACGAAUGUGUAUUACACUGCAGAUCUGAGAGCUUCAAUAUCCCAGCAAGAGUCAUAACAGCACAAGAGAGCAAGAAGAAAUGGGCCUGCAUCUGCUAAUGGAUGGAUGAACUCGAGAGUUAUUUUAGUAUAUCCACUAAAAGAGGCAUAGAAAAUAACAGUAGGUACUUUGGUCUCUAUGUGUGAUAGUAUGAAUGCUGGUUUAAAUGGCAAUUGCCAUUUGGAUUUUUAUAGUCCUCUGGCCAUCUUGGUUUGGUAGACAAGGUCUAGGUUACUUAACACAACAUAAUCUGUAUGAAGAAAUGCCUUAUAAUGAAACAAAUUGCAAGACAGUGAGAUUUGAGAGUUUCUCUGGGGUUUUCCUGACCGCUGAAUCUUCACUUGUACUUGCUGCUCUUUGCACUGGGUUUAGGCUAUAGUGACUAACAUCCAUAUAAAACAAUUCAAAUAUAUUGUAUUUACAGGUAGCAAAGUGUUUGUAUGAUUCAGUAAAUUAAUA